AUGACAGAGGAAACCCUCAACGACCCCUUCCCAGAUCUAAGAGAACUGGAAAACAAAGUUGGCAGGAAAACACCAGAAAGUCUUCUGAUUUGGAUGAGGGAUGCUGCGGACUGCGAAGAUGGUUGGAGGUCUGAUGUGGUGGACAGGGGAGACCGCAGCUCUGCGCUCAGCGAAAGCUUCUCCGACAAAAUCAGCAACUUAAAGCAAGAGAUGAGGUGGCUGCGUUCCGCAGAUGUGCGGAUUCUUCGCCAGCUGGUGGCUGUGCACGAGGGGAUCGAGGCCAUGCGUUGGCUGAUGGAGGAGCAGAAUACCCUAGUUAGCCGUGGCAGCAGCUUAACAGGCAGCCUGAGCAGCCUGGUGACCGUGGAGGAGCACGGGCCCUCCAUGUCCCCCCGCAGAGAGAACCUGAGUCCAACUCAGGAUUUGACUGAAACCACUGGUGAGGAACCGGCAGAUCACCCAUACCAACCACACUCCACUGAUCCCGGUGAUUCAAACCACAAGAGCUACUUUGACACGCGGAGCCCUGAGUCUACCGAAGCGAGACCUUCUUGUUCUUCCACCUUCAACUUUGAAGUCCCUCGUUCCCCAUAUGGCAGGCACGGUCAGGAAUCAGCCAGCAGUUUGGUUAGUGUCAAUUUACCAAAGACACAACCACGGGACUCAGAUGUAGCUCCAUUAAAACACAAACUCAAAGCCGGUGCUGACACCAUUAGAAGAGCCCUCCUCAGAUCAAGUAGGGCAAGAAGAGAAGUGGAUGCUGGUAGUUUUGCUCUCACUAAUCAGUCAGAGGAGACACAAACAGAGAACCAAACUGAGAAGGGUUUCGGAGCCUCUCAGACCAAUAUGAUGGAAAAGGAAGAGCACGCUCCCAAUAGAGAGACAUUUUUGCUGGGCUAUGAUGCUCAGUGGAGCUGGGUGGAGUCACAGGACGAUGUGACGUUUCUAUGA